AUGCGCUUCUUCUGGGGCUUGCCUAACUCGCGGCGGGUGUCCUCUCGUUUCAUCUGGAACCCUGAGGAAGACGUCGCAAUGGGAUCCAGGGCCUUUGAAGCUCCCAAGGACGGCGGCGGGCCAAGUGUACUGCAAGGGCUGCCUGCAGAGAACCAGAAAGCCUUUCCACGAGAGGUUCUUGGAGAGCAGACAGGAGAGGCUGGCCCCCAGGCCAGAAGUAGUGGCUCGGGGAGUGGUACUGUGGGUGACAUACUCACCGCACGGAGGAGAGAUUACACGACGUUUACGCACAACUUCUUCUUCUCUUGCGCAUUGUUUCUGAGUAUCUAUUUUUUGGAGGGCUUAAGCUCAUUAUUUGGAGAGCGUACUGUCUUGCGAGAUAUGUCACCGGAUGAACCGUGUGAGAAUCCUCCAAGCGAACAGUUGCCUGGCCCAUCCGAUUUGGCUCAGACCCGAGCCGAAAACGCUCGCCUCAAAGCCAUGCUACGCAAUCAUGGCCUACUCAUACAGGCAAUGCCUCCCACAGGCCGGAUUGCCCAUCCGCUCCUUGCGCUCGGAGCGGCCCCUGGCCAACGUUCGCACCCUGGAGCGCUGACCAGCUCAGACGUUCCUAGCUGGUCAACUUCAUCUGGGCCACCUGUCGAUCGCACGGCAUAUUUCCCUGAGCAUGGCGCCAAUGGACAGAUCCUUGUCCUUCCGCGCCGUGAACAGGAUUACCCACAUGCUGCAAAGUUUUGGACGAAACGAAAGUAUGAGACAUGGACGAAGUCAGCUGAUUUCACCGUACCUGGGGCCAUUAAGGGGCGCCAGGGUCCUGGUCGCCUCAAACAGUCCAAUGAAAAUGUCAAGAUGCAAUUUGUCAUCGACGUUCAUGGCAACCCCAUCGACGGAGACAGGGCUGUGGCAAUUCGUGCAGCAAUGCGCGAUUGGCUGCGAGGUCGCACCGACCUCCCAGACUCCUGGAAGGAGGGUGCCACGCUCCAAAUGAAGACCGCGCUCUAUGCGCAUAUGUAUGCACGCUAUCCGGAGCUUCAGCUCAACGAUUUCGACUGGAAGGUGGAGCAGAUCGCCAUUGACGUAUUUUCGCAGUUUGCAGCAAUCGCCCGAAGGAAGAGCAAAUUAGUGAAGAAGAGGGCUAGCAAGAAAAGUCGCAAACGCGCUCGUGUUGAAUCCGACGGAGAUGCCCCUUGGGACAGCCCACGUCCCGUAGACCUAAACGACGCGAUUUACCACAUCUCCGCGCCCUGCGACACCACAUCAAUUGGACCAUCUCGUGUGAUUGCCGCAGAGGCGAACAUUCCAAGUGUGAGAUUCUGGUGCCCGUUCGAACAUUCCGUACGAACUCACUAUGCCUUCAUCCAGAGCCUGCCAUCCCAUGGCAUCGCGGAGCCCGAGCUCCCCAACAAUGUAACAGCUUCGGAGAGACCUAUCGUCCAACCCACGCCCAGGCGUCCCUGCACGCAUUCCGAGCAUCUCUCAGGCGGCAGCACUCCCAUUCCCAUGUCACGCACCGAGCUGGGUGACUCCGCCACUCCGUCGGUCCUCGACGUCCUGGCUGAUGCGUGUGCUACGAUACACAACUCUCGCUCGGCCCCGAAUAAUCAGCCACAUUCCCCCACUUCGCCCACCCACAGCCGCAGCGUCUCAUACGCCCCAGAGCAAAACUCUGCUACAGUCCCGAGCGGCGCGGACAGCGGAGACGGGAAUAGUGGUCUCCCCGUCAACUCUCACCUGCAUAUACCAAAUCCCCUCGCUGGCAUGUGGCCAACGUCGGGCACGGCGCCGCUCAGCCUGCCCAACUCUCGCUCUCCGUCUCCGGACCCGGACGUCGCCCUCGGCCGUGGUCGCCAGAUAACGUCGACGAAGCCAUCAAAAUCGGACAUUAAUCCUCGUGUUUGGCCUCCCACGCCCUCGAAAACAAAACCUAAAGACCAGUGUGCAAGAAUCUGGAAGUCUCGGCACCCCGAGGGCACUGAGUCCGAGUUCGACAAGUAUUACAAGGAGGCCAUUCCGACUCAGAACUUGCGUAACAAAUAUGUGCGGAACAACGGUGACCUGACGGCCUCGUCUAGCAGGAAGAGGGGAGGUCCGAGCGCAGCUAGCAGUGUCCGGAGGGCGUAG